UGUACCCUUACUUUUUGCCAUAAUCAUUGGCCAACUUUACAAAAUUCGUACGUAGUAGCUAACAAAUCACUAAAAUCAGGUGAUAGCAUUAAAUUAACAAAUAACCAAAAAUAUCACAACCAUCAAAAUCAAACAAGCAAGAAUCAUCACAUACAUAGAAAAUAGAAUUAGAAUAGACUCACGGAAAUCAUCGUCCACCCUUUAAAAAAUCAAAAGUGAUUCCAACUACACAUAAUUUCUCCUUUUAUUUUUUGGUCCAAUUUUCAUCAUGUGUUAAAGAAAAAAAAAAAAAUCGAGAAUAGCAUCAACAAUUUCAAAACAUUAAUCGAAGAAUAAAAGGGUCGGUUUUAUUUAGUUAUAUAAACCAAGAAAAAUUCGAGAAUUGUAACAAUAUUACAACAAAACACAAACUUAAAUCGUAAAAUUAAAAUUGGAAUUAGUAAGUCGGUAACAUAAGCCAAGAUUUUAUUUCCCGUGAUAUACCACAAAAUAGAGACUCUUAAAGAGAGACUAAGCGUGUAAGAUGGAGGGAAAACAGAAACAGGGAAUCUAAGGUUUGAGGAAAAAAAAAUGGAAAGAGAAUUAGAGAAAUAAAAUCACAAAUAUUGAGAGAAGAAAAAUAUUACAAGAAGAAAAGAAAAUGAUGAAAAAUUGGUUAAGUUCAUCAUUUAUAUGUGGGGGUGGAGGAGGAGAAAGAGAAAAGAAAGGCAUAGAUGAAAGUGUUGAGUUAACCUCCAUUGAUGGAAGUAGCGCAUAUAGUCUCUCUAAUGGUAUUCUUCCUUCGCUUGGUGCUCGUAGCCACCGUCGUAUCGCGCUUCGAGCCUACAUUGUCUCACCUUUUCUUAACCAAUAUAAAAUUUGGGAGUCAUUUCUGGUUUGUUUGGUGGUGUAUACAUCAUGGGUGUCUCCAUACGAAUUCGGAUUCCUACAAAGACCAAUGAAAGGCCUUGCUAUUGCAGAUAAUAUUGUGAAUGGAUUUUUUGCAAUUGAUAUUAUUUUGACCUUCUUUGUUGCAUAUCAAGAUCCACAAACUUUCAACCUUGUUGAUGAUCAUAAGAUGAUUGCUUGGAGAUAUGUGAAAACCUGGUUCGUGCUUGAUUUCGUGUCAACAGUCCCUUCCGAAGUUGUGGAGAAGAUUCUCCCUGACAGUGUCCAGGCCUAUGGACUAUUCAACAUGCUACGCCUUUGGAGGCUUCGUAGAGUUAGCAAGAUGUUCUCCAAAUUAGAGAAGGACAAAAAUGUGAACUAUUUUUGGAUUCGAUGCUUGAAGCUAGUUUCUGUGACUCUUUUCGCGGUUCAUUGCGCUGCCUGCUUCUAUUAUUACAUUGCAGCCCAUUAUCCUGACCCUAAAAAAACAUGGAUUGGUCUUGAAAUGGAAAACUUCCACAACGCGGAUCUGUGGUUGCGUUACGUGACAUCAACCUACUGGUCAAUCACAACACUCACAACAACUGGUUAUGGUGAUUUACACCCUGUGAAUACGUGGGAGAUGGUCUUUGAUAUUUUUUACAUGCUCUUCAAUCUUGGACUGACUGCGUACUUGAUAGGAAAUAUGACAAACUUAGUGGUUCAUGGGACUAGCCGAACUAGAAAAUUCAGGGAUACAAUUCAAGCUGCUUCCAGUUUUGCACUGCGGAAUAGGCUUCCUGUUCGCUUACAAGAACAAAUGGUUGCUCAUUUGUGUUUGAAACACAGAACUGAUUCAGAAGGUUUGCAACAGCAAGAGAUUCUUGAUUCUCUUCCAAAGGCAAUCAAGUCAAGUAUUUCACAUCAUCUCUUCUAUUCGCUGCUUAAGCAAGUUUAUCUGUUUCAUGGAGUAUCAAAUGACUUGCUUUUCCAGCUGGUUUCAGAGAUGAAAGCCGAGUACUACCCUCCCAAAGAAGACGUGAUCUUGCAGAAUGAAGCACCUACGGAUCUAUAUGUACUAGUCUCUGGUGCCAUGGAAUUUAUCUACCCUAUAAAUGGAGUUUUCCAGUCUGUUGGUAACGAGGUUCUCUCAGGAGGUGUAUGCGGGGAGAUAGGUGUUCUUUGUUAUAGGCCACAGCUCUUUACUGUUCGUACCAAGAGAUUGUGUCAGCUGUUGCGUCUGAAUCGUACUGCUCUUCUGAAUCUUGUUCAGGCUAAUGUUGGGGAUGGGGCAAUUAUAAUGAACAAUCUUCUAGAGCAUUUAAAAGCGCAGGAAGAUCCCCUGAUGCAAUCUGUUCUUAGAGAUAUAGAGAACAUGCUAGCUCAUGGCCGAAUGGAUUUGCCACUCAGUUUAUCUUUUGCAGCUGCAAGAGGAGAUGAACCAUUGUUGCAACAUUUGCUAAGACGAGGUUCUGAUCCAAAUGAGGCGGAUGUGAAUGGGCGCACUGCUCUGCACACUGCAGCUGCUAAUGGAAGCGAAAAUUGUGCCCUUGUCCUUCUUGCAUAUGGAGCCGAUCCAAACCUUAAAGAUAGAGAAGGGAAUGUUCCACUAUGGGAUGCAUUAGUAGGGAGGCAAGAGGCCUUGAUCAAGCUUCUAGUAGACCAGGGUGCAACACUAGCAUCAGGCGAUGCGCCUCAAUAUGCCUACUAUGCAGUAGAGCAAGACAACUUUGAGCUACUAAAGGAUGUUGUUCGAUAUGGCGGAGACGUAACCUUGCCUAUGAGCAAUGGUUACACAGCACUUCAUGCCGCGAUUCAUCAUGGGAAUUCUACAAUGGUUAAGUUCCUAUUAAAACAUGGGGCGGAUAUGGACAGGCAGGAUACAGAGGGUAUGACACCAAGGGAUUUGGCCAAUAAUGCUAAGAAUGAAGAUAUAAAGGCGGUAGUUUGUUCCAAAGAAGAGAGUAGUGUACAAUCUAUUGUUAAGGGGUCUGAGAAGGAAGCAAGUCCUACUUAUCUGAAAAAGAUUAAUAGUACUGAUUUGUCAAUGGAUGUUACUCCACGUACACGAGAAGUGACUUGGGCUGACAAGCAUCCUCGUCGUCGUGUUAACUCGUUUCAGAAUUCCCUGUUUGGGUUCAUGUCUGCUGCCACUAGAGUUGAAUCGCAAAAUGAUGGGGGUAAUUACUUAAGCACCCCGUUCUCCGGAAGCCAACCAGCUAGAGUGAUACUCCGAUGCCCUGGAACGGGCGACACAACCAAGCUUGUUAUUUUGCCUGAGACCAUCCAAGAACUUCUUGAUUUCGGCAUCAAAAAAUUUGGACGGCAUUGUACUAAAGUAACGACUUUAGACGGAGCUGAAGUCGAUGAGAUUGAGCUAAUUAGAGAUGGUGAUCAACUUUGUCUCAUAUGUGAAGAAAUCAAUAUGCCUGAAAGCUAGCAAUGAUAAAAUUUAUCUCCAAUAUUAUUCGGUACAAGUUUUGUAGGAUUCGUGUAUAUUAUCACUAAUAUAGGGAUCGGUGAUCCAAUUUUAAUUGUGCAUUUUUGCCUCGUUACUACGUUUCUAUCUCUAAAUGAUCCAUACUUCUUGUAUAUUGAAAAAAUUACGAGGGAAUGUAAAAUUAAUCAUGAGGUUAUAAGAUCACACAACUAAACAAUUUGUGAUUAAUUGUCUAUAAUGUAUGUACAAGUAUGUUGUACCAAGUGUUUUUAAUGGCAAGUUUAGGAAGAGCUGUUGAUGUAAAUCGGCAUUUUGUAUAGUCAAAAGUUUACUGGAUGUUAGAUAAUAUUGUGAACUUAGCUUUAGGAAAGUAGUUAGAAAUUGAGGUAUCAUUUAAAGGUGUAGAUGAAACAUUUUUUUUUUAUUUUUUUAUUUUAUUUUAUUAUGAGGCAGCAUUAGAGAUGUAAUAAUUUAAAUUUCAAAAUAUAGUGCUAAUACUUUUGUUGCUUUUUGUCCAUUCCAUGUAUCAUUUAUGUGAUCAAAUUAAAAUUUAUCACUCGUACUUUAGACAGAGUUGAUGUUAAUGAGACCGAGCUAUUAGAGAUGGUGAUACGUGAAGAAAACAAUAUACCUGAUAGUUAGUAAUUGUGACUUUUACCUCUACUGGAGUACCACAUAUCCAGCUGCAAUGUUGCAUCUCAAAGCAAGAUU